AACUCCUAUAUCCGUUUGCGUCUUCUAACUAAGUACAUUAUACGUCAUCGUGCAUUUACUUACUAUAAAACGACGGAUAGAAAAUUUGAAAUAUCACUUAUAAAUACCAUUGCGAACAUAAUUUUAUAAAACCACAUUAUAUGUGUUGCAGUUUGAAAUUUGAAAGUUUGAACACUACACACACUGAUAUUUCAUGAUGUCUACCUUUCCACCGAUGGUUAUUGGGGGAGUUGUUAUUACCUCUUUAUCAUUCCUGCUGCAUAUAAUAGCAUUCUCAACAACAUAUUGGUAUACAUUUGGAGAUGUUAUUCAUAUGGGAUUAUGGAAAUCAUGUUACCAAUCAAAAGGUGUAGAAGCGUGUUCUUAUUAUACAGAAUUACCAGUAAGUGAUGCCCAUCUGAUAGCUGCCGCAGUUCUUGAAAGUUUGGCACUGGUAGCAUUUGUUGUAGCUGUGAUAUGUGCUUUCCUUAAGAUGUUUGUACUCAAGGAAAAGGGAAAUAUGUUUGCUAUCACAGGUGUAUUUAACUUAAUUGCAGUUGACAAAGAUGGAACGCUAUAUAGAUUAAAUUGUGGACGCAAAAAAACGUUUAGACAGACCAUGCAUUAUACACUAUGUUGUAAACGACUUGUUAAAAAUGACAUUUGUUGCCUGAAAGAGGCGAGUGUGUUACGGUUAAGGUUAAAGCACUGACAAGCCUCUACAUUUGACGGUUCGGGAUUUCCUUCAUAUUGGAAUAAUUCAAAUCAAAUCCAAAUUGAUAUCACUUCCAGUUAUUGAGAAGGUAAUCGUUUACUGACGCUGAAAAUAACAGAAGGUCGUCCAUCAUAAAACCUUACAACUUAGAAUUUUCAUUUUCCGUCAUAGUAGAUACAAUAUAUAUAAGAAGAUGUGAAACGAGUGCCAAAGAGACAAAUCUCUCAACCAAGUCACAAUUAUAAAAAAUAACCAUUAUAGGUCAAAGUGUGGUCAACAACACUGGUCAUUGGCUUACACCAAACAACAUCCUAUAAAAAAGGUUAUAUUGACUUGGAAAUCAGUAACUAGUCAGUUAAAAUAUAUGCCUUUUUCUUUAAAGGUGAAUUUGCCUUGAUAGGAACAAUAGUAUUUGCAACAGAGUCUUAUGGAAGCAUAACUAUGGAUUCUUCAAAGUUCCACUAUUCCUUUGGGCUAUGUAUUGUAGGUGGAAUAGGAGGGAUUUUUUCAGGGAUUGUGUUCCUCGUAGCAUGGCGAUGGUGGAAGAACUAACGACGACAUCUGUCAUUGUGUUAAUUCUAGCAUGGCAAUAUGUGAAAGAUUAGGCGGAGUAGUCUCUGGCAUUGUUUUAUAGGAAGCAGCUUAAACUAUGAGCUAUCUGUAUAAAUCGUAUUUCUUUGAACGCUUAUCUUCAUCAAUAUUAUUGUAUUCGACGGAUUUUAACGAUACAUAUUGCUAUUCUAUGUUCCGUGGUGUAAAAUCGUACAAACAAUAACGAGUUGUGUUAUUUAACAAACGUCAGGUUUGAUUAAUAGAGCCGCAUGAUUGUUAUUUGUUAAACUGAUAUGUUAUAAAUCAGCAACAAGUGCACAAACAAUAUAAAUUUUGUAUUUUCGGAAUGUUUUUUUAAAACCACAAUGUUUUGGAUUUCUAGAAUGUAUUUUAGUAACAUGAUGUGGUAUGCACUUUCCAAUAUGCUAUCGUUGACCUUAUAACACCUAAACCCAACAGUAUUUGCCUGCAAAAUGAGUGAAUACAACUGUACAUAUGAUAAGGUUUUAACGCAUCAACAAUGUAUCUAGUUAUCAAGGAUAUAUAGUGACGUAUCAUUCUACGCAAGGUGAAAUUAUGUCUUAUCGUGAUAUACUUGGCGUGAUAAAUUCAAGGAACGGCAAAUCAGUCUUGAUAUUGGAAUAUCAAAAUGUGGAAGCUGUUUAAAUGCUGACUCAUUCAUUUUGGGCCGUACAUAUCUGUAAUGCCUUUGAUAUUUUGUAUCUUAUUAUUCUUAAUAAAGAAUUUUUGUGAAAGUUUAAA